CACACUCCCGACUUUAGACGUCGCCACUCCCAUCGCCUCCUCGAGCACUCUGGACACGAAGUCUAAAGCAGAACAUCCUUCGAGUCAUCCCAGGGCCUACCACCUACGCCUUACCUCCUCAUCAAAAUGGCUUACUACGUCCCUAUCAUCCGCACCGGCCGCAUCGGCACGGUGCUUGUUAGCUUUCCCCACGGCACCGUUAGCUGCCGCAUCGAGAUCACCUCGUGCCAUGUGGACGUCCACACUCGCACUCUAGCGGGUCAACUCACCAGCCCAAGUCCCCCGACUAUCAUCCAGUGCAUGGAUGACGGUGGCCUGGCUCCCAGCAUAGGCGAUUUCGACUUCGUCUCUGGCACCUACCAGGGGACGAAUGGAUUUACCCUGGGCAUGCCGUUGUGGUACGCCCCACAGCCCGCGGCCCACCCAAUGCCCAUGAUCAGGUAUCUCCAACACGAAAAUUCGGUCAUUUCUGAUGCUCAAACAAGGGCAGCUCACGACCCGGCUGUCCCUCAUCAACAGUCGCCUACCGCGCCUUCCAUUGGCACGAGCGUUAAUCUGCCCAUUGUCGUGGACGACAAUAAUGGCGCAAGCGCUCGUUUGCCCAUCAUCGUCGAGAGCAAUGAUGAUGGUGCGCAGGAUCACAUUCCGGCAUCAGAAGAAGCUACUGCGGAGCCUCUUCCGCCCUCUCACCUCCGAGAGACGCUAGUCCACUUGAAGAAAUAUGUCUUUGGUAAGGCUCACCAACGAGAUUGGCUUGAGUCCUUCAAGACUGGUUCCUGCAGACAGCGGGAAGAGUAUUGCCGUCUGUUUUGGCCGUCGAUUGAGCAGGCGGAAGUGGACCUUGACUGGGUCUCAAAACACUUCGGUAAUUUCACUGAGGCGUAUAUCGAGCGCCUGGCUGUUGAAGGCAGGAAGAGGAAGGAGGAGCUUGACUGGGAGAAAGAAGGUGAAGAUAUUGCGACGAGUUGGGAGCAGAGAAGAAACGAGCAGAGUGACCAGGCGAAGAGGGACAAAGAGCUUAGGGAUAAGGCUACUAAAAGGCAGGUCGAACUUAAAGAGCAAAGGCGAAUUCGCCUAGAGAAGAAAGAGAAGCGCGACGCUGCAAAACGCGCUGCUGAUGAAGCAAAGAAGAAGAAAGCCGAGGAGGAGAAAGCUACAAAGGCGGCUGAAAGAGAAAGGCAAAGGCUCGCUGCCGCCACAGAGGAGCAGAGGGUAAGAAAUGAAGAGAACGUGAGAAAAGCCGAAGAGAGGAAGGCACACCGCGCAGCCGCUCCUUCCAGGAAGAGAAAAGCAGCGACCGCGCCUGCCGAGCCUGCGAAGAAGCGCAAGACAGAUGCGCUACCGCCAACGCCUCCCACCUCACAAUGCGAGGAGACGCCUAGUGUUGACGAACUUAAAGCCAGUAUCAUGGCGGAGUUCGAUACUGAGGUUGAUGAUGAUAAUGAUGGCCUUUGUGCAGCUAUCAUGGCCGCUCAUGAGAGCGAGCCACUAGCAGAAUCGGAGGAAUCGGAUGCUGACGACGACGAGAUCGCUGCUGUCUUCGCGACGCAGGCAGCAGAACCGGCUUCAGAGUCACCUGCUCGGGCUAGUUUGCCCCAGGAGCAGCACACAGCUCCUCCAACACCACCGGCUCAAACACCUGAGCCUGAAGAGGAAUACGAGAGCGAGGACGGCGCUAAUAGCCUCUUUGAUGGAAGUGAUGAUGAGGCGCGUGAGGAUGAGAAUGAGAGUGAGGAAGAGGAGGUGGUGAAAGCGGCGCGGAAGGUCCUUUCGCCUCGUGAAAUCAAGCUUACCGAGGUUGAGGCGGAGGUUGAGCAUGCGAAAGAGCAGACAAAGGUUUCGCGCAAUAAAUUCUUCAAAAGAAGAGUACACGAGCGCAUCGAUAGGCUGAGGAAGGAGAGGGAGCAGUACUUGUAGUUGGGGUUUCAGUCUCGCUUCAUUGCCAGUACUCUUGAUAAUUGCCUCACUUGAUUCUGACGGGCCUUCCACUGUCUACUGUGCCAACGUAAUGCUAUCCGGUGCACAUCGUCCCGUCGCAAGUCGCUGUAAAGGCUGUCGAGUCCUUUCUCGCUGUGCUCGCAAAUUCCACGCGUAGUGUUCGCGCCGUUCCACCCUGGCCAAUCAGCGCCCCCACCACCGCGAUUGCGCCAUUCGCUAGCCCGAAAUCUUUCUGCACGAU